UAUCACUAUCCACUCGCUGUUCGUUAUGACGACAACUUUGAAUAUACCUGUUGCCAUUGUUGACUUCUUCAGAGAUGGCAGUGACCCAUUCCUCCACCCAAAUGCAACCAUAGACGAUAUUGUUGACGAGGUCGCUAAAGACCAGAAAGUUUCAACAUCAGUUGUCAUCUUAUGGAAGCCGAAGGAAUUGCUCAAACAGCAGGACAGAGGAAGGCUCCCCCAGCUCCUUAAUGACAAUGACAAUGAACUCGGACGCCUCUGCGACAAUAUUACAGACAAAGGCGAGGAACGCUGCAGCGACGAGCUUUCUCUUGGCGAGUUACCGCGUAGUGCCAAGCUCCCCCUUCUUGUGGCGCGAAUUGACAAAGAGGCAGAGAAUCAGACGUCGAAGAGAAAGAGGAAGGAUCUGGUUGAUGAUGCAGAAAUGGAUGAGGGCCGUGAUGAGGUAUCACCAUUGACCAAGCGUUUCAAGAAAACGAUCAACACAGAAUUCCCUAGCCCUUCCGUUGCUGCGGAAGCGCAGAAUUAUUACGAUUUCCAGAAUGGAGAUACUCCUUUUCUUGAUGGCCGGUGUGCUUCCGAGCAGCCACUUGUCCCGGCACCGAUCGUGAUAUAUGAUCCUAUCUUCCCUACCUUCAUUGCGGACCUCAGUGGCUCGGAGCCAGUGGACGAUGACAUGAUGCGUCGAACGCAGGAGUUUAUGGUGUUGGUGUCGGAGAUACACGUCGCGGAGAGAGCGCACUAUGCCUCCCACUGCGAAGCGCUCAAAGGGAUUCUUCAAAGCGCCGUCGAGAGCAUUGCCCCUCUCAGUGGGUCAGCAUCCGAGCACAUCAUCCCGUACGUCCGAGAAACAGAGACAGCUGCACUCGCCAUAGUAGAGGAGAAGGCCGGAGUAGGGAAAAGCGGAGAUGCUGUCGCUCAGGCUGAAUUCUCUUAUCGUCUGUACUGGAAGGAACGCAAACAUUUCGCCGAUGGCAGUUUUUUAACCAACGUUUCUCAUCACGCCGCCAUUUGGACCACUGAUAUAAUUGUGCAGCCUCUCGCCUCGGGGCUUCUCUGGCUUGGUUCCCCUCCAUUGAUUAGUGACUUCGAGGUCAAACGGAUCGCGCGUAUGUUUAUUGCACUGAGGAAAGGCUUGGAGUCUCUUCGCCACCGAUACCAACAACUUCUUUUUCCCCCUCCUGAUUUGGGAAAGCGAUUUUUCCCGUUGGCAUCUUCCUUCCCUUACUCUGGCAAAGUGGUCUACUUCAACUAUGAGAAGUAUCUCAAGGCGAACGACGCAUCAUGCCUGGUUUUCUCUGCCACAUUGGACGAUACAAACAAAAUAGUCGACGAGCGACAGGUGGCUGUCAAGCGACUGGUUGUCAAAUUCGUCGAGCAGUAUGGCGAGGAUGCGCAUAAAGUUCUCGCAGAGAAGGGUCUUGCACCAAAGUUCUAUUACUGCGGCGACAUCUGGCACAACAACCCUGUGGCAAACAAGGGCUGCGGCCCACGCAAGAUGGUCGUGAUGGAGCACAUAGAGGGUGAACGUGCCACGUUCGCUGACUGUGUCAAACAUAAGAAGACGCUGUCCGACGCGGUCAAGCUCCUCCAUGGCCAGCAGAUGGUCCACGGGGAUAUUCGAUUGCCGAAUAUCCUGAUCACCGUCAAUCCCGAUGCACCGGUCAAGCUUAUCGACUUUGACUGGGCUGGCGUUCAGGGAAAGGCGAGAUACCCGGGUAGAUUGUCCAAGAUCAUUCCUCGGGAUUGGGAGUCGGUGAAAGACUAUGGGCUGAUUGAAUAUCGCCAUGAUAAGUUCAUGUUGGAACGUCUUCUCGGCCACUCGUAGAUGUGAAACCAGCAC